AGAAAGACCCCUUUGGGGGUGAAGGAGGGCUGGGGCUCGCCCUCUUCUGGGGGAAGGAUCCAGGUGCGGCGGCAGCGCCAAUCUCGGUGGCACCGAGUCUGUCUGUAAUCGUGAAUAAGAUGCCUGGACUUGUGCAAAAUGAGAGCAAUGGAAGGGGGAGCCCAACCAAAAGGAAACGACUUUCUCUUAAGUUCUUUCAGAAAAAAGAAACCAAACGAGCACUGGAUUUUACUGAGAAGCAAGAAAGUGAACAAGGCCCGUCAGAGACAAAAAAACUGGAUAAAUGUGAGAAGAUUGUGUCUGGAGCCCCUUUGAUAUCUUCUGCUGUUGGGUAUGAAAAGAGGGAAGAGCUUCUACCUUUCGUGGGCCUGAACAACCUUGGGAAUACAUGUUACCUCAAUAGUGUACUUCAGGUGUUGUAUUAUUGCCCUGGAUUUAAAACUGGGAUGAAAUACAUGUAUGACGUAAUCUCUGAGAAACAAGGGAUACUGAAGAGUGAGGAGGAUCCCAAAAAAGACCAGGACAUAUUAAAUAGUCAAGAGGAGUUGCCAAUCUGUUUAGAGCUGAUCUGCAACUUGCACAGCUUGAUUGUAUCAAUGGAACAGAUACAAGCCAACUAUCUUCUAAAUGCAGAGAAUUACAUUGAGGGUGAACUUGCUGCUCAGCCUAAGAGACUGAUGAGUACACUGAAAGAGCUGAAUCCAAUGUAUGAUGGAUACCUACAGCAUGAUGCUCAAGAGGUUUUGCAAUGUAUUUUGGGAUAUGUCCUGGAGGCUUGUCAAUUGUUAAAGAAAAGUGCAUCUGUUGAAGAAAACAUCAACUCUGACACAACUGUGAAGAAUAAAACAAACAGGCCACUUGAAACUUUAUCCUCUAAUAACCUGAUAACCAGAAAUAAUGCAGUGCAAAAUGACCAUGAAAUUCCUGAUCUAGAAAAAGAGGAAAUGCUGAAGAAAAAGAAAAAUGGGAAAAGAAAAAGUGAUACACAAGCUGGAAAUGCCAUGAAAAAAUCAAAGCCGCCUAGGGAUCUGAAAAAACCAGAAGAGAAACGGCAAACGAGGCAGAACAGAAAACUUUCUGGGGAUUCUAUUGAACAAGAACCUGAUGUUGAUGCUCAGAGUGUACAUGAAAAUGUUACUGCACGCUCAUUUCCUCUGAAGAAAACAGAACUUGGGUUAAGAUGGCUGAAACCGACAGUGAAGCAGCCAAGUAUAUUUUCCAAAUUCUGUAGUCUUGGCAAGCUAACAUCAAAUCAGGGCAUCAAAGAGACAAGAAAGGAUGAUGAAGUAAAUGGAAAUCAACCACGUUGUACAGAUGUGGCAAAAGAGGACAGUCCAACAGACCACCACUGUUCUGUAUCAGACUGCAAGACCUAUUUUGCCACAGGAACCACUGAUGAAACAAAUGGGCUAUGUGAAAUUGAAGACAAGAGCACAAGGAAAGCAGAGUUGUCUGGCUUUGAACUGCUGGAUGGAAUGUUCCAAGGACAGUUAGUUUUGAGAACACGGUGUUUGGAGUGUGAGUGUUACUCUGAACGAAGAGAGAAUUUCCAGGAUAUCAGUGUCCCAGUUCAAGAAAGUGACCCAAAGGAAGGCGAUGGCACUGAGGUAUCUCCAGAACCAAAGAUGGAGGUGAAAACAUUAAAAUGGGCAAUAUCUCAGUUCGCUUCAGUGGAACGAAUAGUUGGUGAAGACAAAUAUUUCUGUGAAAACUGUCACCAUUACACAGAGGCUGAACGCAGCUUGUUGUUUGACAAGAUGCCAGAGGUUGUUACUAUCCAUUUGAAGUGUUUUGCAGCAUGUAGCUCAGAGUUGGAGCCCUAUGGCAAUCUAUCAAAAGUGAAUACUCCUUUGCUGACUCCUCUUCAGCUUUCUCUGGAAGAAUGGAGCACAAGAGAGACCAAUGACUUCUAUGAGCUGUUUGCUGUGGUUAUGCACAAUGGGGUGAGCAUUAGUAGUGGUCAUUACACAGCUUAUGUAAAAAUGUCAUAUUUGGGCAAUCAGGAGAUGCCCAAAGAAGAAUCUGCAUCAAACUGUGCAAAUGAUAUGAAACAAGAACCAUUCUGUGAAGAGGAGGCAAGAGGCUCUGUUUGUUCACAAGAAUAUGAUGGGGAGAGAUCAGUUAAAUUGAAGGGAAACUUCCAAACAGCAACAACUGGUAAAACAACAAAGAAGAAUGCAGAAAGUGUUGGGCUCCUUGGUGGACAGAAAAGUAUAUCCAGUUUUGACCUGCAUGUCCCCAACAACGAUCCUGAAAAACCUGGGACAAGACUGAAAGAAAAUAUGAAAUCUGAUCAUUUCAAAGAAAAACAUGUUCAUUCUGUUAAAGACCAAAGUUUUUGCAACAAGCAGCUGAAAGUGUUCGAAACUGGGAGAAAUAUUCCUGAAAAUCAGAUUCCUCAAAGCUGCUGUAGUCUGCCGGAAUAUGAAGGAAAAUGGAUGCUGUUUGAUGAUGCUGAAGUGAAGCUUACAGAUGAGCAAGAAUUUCUUAGCUCUCUUUCUCCAUCAACCUCUUGCACAUCAACCCCAUAUUUGUUGUUUUACAAGAAAAUGGCAAACACUUAAAACAAUUUCACCUGAAAGAAAUUGCUAAGAGUGACUUUACCACAGGAUGUUUUCUUUCACUGCUUAUUCUUGUACAUUUAACAUAGCGCAGUGUUUUUAAACCUUGAAUCCUUUGUAUCAUUUGCCAGUAUAAGCUGUCUGAACCACUAAUCGAGCACACCUAAAUCAGCCUGAUAAAAGUGUCUUUCCAGGUUUGUUUAAAUAUGAAGAUUUCUAGGCACUAAUUUUAAAAGCACAUUUUAUUUUUGCAAAUAAUUGUGGGUUCAAAAUUGGGUUUAUUGCCUACCUGCAGCAGAAUUAAAUUUUACAACUUUGCAUCUCUGUAUCCCAUUAUUAUUGAAUGUUUAAAACGCCUUGACACAUUUGUCCAUAGUGUCCCAACAGCCAACAACUGUAAACCUAAAGAAUAUGAUCACUUGCAAAUUAGGGUUGCAUUGGAGCAAAUACUUGACGAACUUUAUAUUUUACUGAAAACCCCUUCUCCCAGUGCAGGGACAUCAUUGCUUACACCAUUUCUCCUCUUACAAUUCAAGGACAAGAUCCUCAAUAUCUCUUUUCCUGCCAUCCUGAGGUCAGAGAGAAUUUGUGCACUGAGUAUCACAGCAGGUAGUCCUAGCUGAACACUUUGUGGUACAAAUGGUUGGUUUUUAACUGAAAUGUUGGUGAUUUGUGACCGUCAAGGGAUGAAAAGUACUCCAUUUUGGUGGAUUGGUUAGCUUAAUCUGGAAUAUAUUGACAGGUGUGCUUUUUAAAUUUGUAUUAUAGAUAUUUGUACUGUAAAUAUAAAUAAAUUUGUAUAAAGUUUAAUUGUAUAACUUAUAGUAUGUAGUUUCUAAGAAUUUGAAAAACAUGUCCUUAUAAAUUUCCACAUCCCUGUAAAUGCAAUUGUCAAAGUUGUACAUAAAAGAUCAAUGGGGACUAACGUUUAAUAACCUUUACUUGAAAUAUGUCUUGCAUAAACAUACAUAGGUGCAUUACUUGCCUUGGGUCAUUAUUAAGGUGCAUCCUCUGACAUAGCUAGAGUUGAGUCAGAUCUCAUCAGAUAUGGCAUUGAUAACCCAAUGAGCAGAUGUACUGCACAGUAUAAAACAGCCUACAAGAUGUAAAUCACUACUUAUUUAAAAACAAGCCACUACCAUGCAUGUCUGGCACAGUUUUUAGUUUUAAAAAAAAAACUAAAAUUCAGCACUGCCAUUUUUUUUUCUCUGUGAAUUGUGGGAUUUCAAUUAGGAAAACAUGCAAUUUUUUUUUCCAUAACUUUUGACUGGGCACAGUAUGAAACCUAUUGUGAGACAACAUUAUUCAUGCUGGAUGGUGUCAGAGUGAGUUCAGGCUCUUUGUAUUUCUUUUUUCAAUUCUACUGUAAAUUGGGAAAGUCACUUUCAAUAAACAGAAUAAUGAGUCUA